UCUGUCACAUACUCACAUCGACGCGCCGAAAUCGUCUGGCCAUUUUCUCCCAACACCUCCAUCAAGAGCACUCGAGGUUACUCGCCCGACCACCUGAUCUCAUGGAGGUAGAAACCCCAGCUCAGACACAGCGCCGCGAGCAGCAGCAACUCACUAGCGGCGACGGCGCCGCUGUCGCCGCUAAACCACUCCACCGCAACCCCCGCCUGGUCGUCAGCUUCGUCCUCAUGGUCGUCGGCUCUGCGUCCAGUCCGCUCCUUCUGCGGGCCUACUUCCUCCACGGAGGCAACCGCAAGUGGUUCUCCAGCUUGCUCCAGACCGCCGGGUGUCCACUGCUGCUCGCUCCGCUCUGCGCCUCCUUUAUCUCCCGCCGACGGCGCUCUGCCAACACGCCGGUUUUCCUCAUGUCGCCUCGACUCCUGGCCGCGAGCGUCGGUGUUGGCCUCAUGACCGGCCUGAUCGGGCUUCUCUACGCCUAUGGCACGGCUUACCUCCCGGUGUCCACCUCCUCCAUCCUCAGCUCCACGCAGCUUGCCUUCACGGCCGUCUUCGCGCUGCUGCUAGUGCGCCAGCGGUUCACGCCCUUCUCCGUCAACGCCGUGGUGCUGCUCAGCGUCGGCGCCGUCAUGCUGGGGAUGAAUGCCGGUGGGGACCGCCCCGCCGGGGUGUCCCUGGCGCAGUACUCCGCGGGGUUCGCCAUGAUGCUCGGCGCCGCGGCGCUGUACGGGCUCAUGAUGCCAGUCAUUGAGCUCAGCCAGGGGCAGCACGCGGCUCGCACCGGCAGCGCAGUCACGUACACGCUGGUCAUGGAGAUGCAGGUCGUCAUCGGGUUCAUAGCCACGGCCUUCAGCACGGUCGGCAUGCUCGUCAACAACGAUUUCCAUGCAAUCCCAGGCGAAGCCCAGGAGUUCGGGCUCGGCAAGGCUGGCUAUUACUUGCUGUUGGCAGGCACCGCUGUCAUGUACCAGUUGUUCUUACUUGGUACGAUAGGCACAGUGUUCUACGGCUCGGCGCUGCUCGCCGGCGUCAUCCUGACCGUUCUCAUCCCGAUCACCGGGGUGCUCGCCGUUCUCUUCUUCCACGAGUCGUUCAAUGGCACCAAAGGUGUCUCCCUAGCCCUCGCGGUCUGGGGAUUCGUCUCCUACUUCUAUGGAGAGAUCCAUAGCCAUGCGCAACAGUCCAACAGACCUCCACAUAUAGGGCAGUUGGAUCUUUAAAUAUUCAUCUAUAUUCAUUGUGGUUUUCGUCCUCUAGUUGUUGGGUAGUCCACUUCAGCAAUGACAAGUUUGCUGUGUUGCUGGGUGAAAAUGAAUAAUCGAAAGAGCAAGGUGUGCGUAUGUGUUUGGCAGUUUGGGGUGAGGAUGGAAAGAUUAGAAUGGAAACCUUUUGAACCCUAAAGUUUUGUCUUAUUUCCAACUUAAAUGUUUGGGUGUGCAUGUCCGAAGUAUUUUUGUCUCUGACAUUGAUUUCCUCAACACUAAAGUGAUAAAAGUCUAGCUAGCUGGCAGCAAGUGUCUAUUUGUUGGCUGCCAGUGUUUA